CAGGACUUGGUUUCCUUGCACUAACUUAGUGCAUAAAUAUAUUUCUCUUUAUAUACUAAUCAUAUCUCAAACAGAUUCUCAAGUAGCAAUAUGAGGACAUGUAUGAUGUUGGUUUAUAGCAUGACAUUAGUAUCGAUUGCUGUUUCUUUGAGUUCAAACACUGAUAAGUUAGCUUUACUUUCCUUGAAGGAAAAACUUACAAAUGGCGUGCCUAAUUCUCUACCAUCAUGGAAUCAUUCUUUGGAUUUCUGUGAAUGGCAGGGAGUCACAUGUGGUCGUCGUCACAAGAGAGUCUCUGUCUUGCAUUUGGAGAACCAAACAUGGGGUGGCACUCUUGCUCCAUCCUUAGGAAAUCUAACAUUUCUUAGAUUUCUCAUACUUUUCAACAUCGAUUUGCAUGGUGAAAUUCCAAAACAAGUUGGUCGAUUGAAAAGGUUGCAAGGUCUUGACUUAAGCAACAACAAUCUUCGGGGAGAGAUUCCCAUGGAGCUCACUAACUGCACUAAUAUCAAGGAAAUUUUUUUGGAGUUUAAUAAACUCACAGGAAGAAUUCCGGCACGGUUAGGGUCAAUCAUUCAACUUAAUGAAUUGAGUCUCCAGUCAAAUAAACUAACCGGUAUUAUUCCAUCUUCUCUGGGAAAUAUUUCCUCUUAUAGAUAAUUAUUUGGAAGGAAGUAUCCCUUAU